AUGUUACCUCCAACGCAAGGUUCAACAGGCAUGACUACACCACAUCAUAAUACAAGCGCAGAAUUAAUUGGUGAUUGUCUAGAUCAGCUGAUUAGAGAUGAUUUCCUUGACAAAGGUAAUUUAAUUCGACUUUCUACUGGUGGGAGAGCAGGGGAGUCAUUUAUGAAGCUGAGAGAAUACUCUGAUCAAUCAAUACAAUCGUAUAUGAAUAAUUUUUUUUAUUCUCCUUUCCAUGAUGAUUACGAUAUUAAUUUCGAAGCAAUUAAUGCUGUUUACAUGAAUAAUAUUGGAAAUUAUAAUGCUGAAAUGAUGGCUGGAUGGAAUGAUGAAAUUCAAUGUAUAAAAGAAUUAAGAGCAUCGAAAUUAGAUAAUAGUACGUUAUCAACAUCAUUGACUCAAGAACGAACGUCAGAACGUAAUUCAACAACAUCAUCUGAUAAGAAAUUAUCUAGUCACAAAAAUGUUUUUCUAAAUCAACAAAAGUCGUCUUUGGUUAAACAAACAUUAUCUCGAGAAUUCGGAGAGAUUCAAACAAUUCCCGGUGGUGAACAUGAUGAUGAACAACAAAGCAAUUCGUCGAUAGAUAUCAACCUAAAUUUUCCUGAUACAUCAUGUCGAACAUCGUCAAACAAUCUGUCAAAAUUUUUUACAACAGCGAAUAAUAAUUCAGAUCCGUCAUUCGUUACUGGUGUUUUAAAAGAAAUAUCGUCUAGAUUAAACAUUUAUGAACAUAGAGACGAGUCAACGCAACGUGAAGAAAUGCCAUUGUUGUAUAUCCAAGAUUCUGAAAAUAUACCAUCUACUCCAGGAACAAAAGAAGUAUUAUCUAAUGCUUCGGUGAAACGAUCUAAUGAAGGUUUGGGCAAACUAAUGGAUAUAAAUGAGCAAGAACAAUCACGGUUAUGUAUCCCUGUCAUCCAUACAACGUCUUCUACUAUUGUAACAAAUUCAUCUGCACAAAUAUCUACUAACACAUUGGAAAAACGCAUUACUGAAGAUAAUGUUAAUCAUUUAUCGUUGAAUGAUCCUGUUGGGCGAUCAGAGCCAGUCUUGAAACCACUUGUUACCAUGAAUCAAAAAGCUGAUGAAGCAAUGAUGUCUGAACCAGAAAUGCCAGUGAUAGUAAACUCCUGGCUAAUCGAUGAUACAAGUGAUAAAGAGUUGCCGUUUAUCGAACAGCAAUCAAAUGCUGUUACCCAUAACUGGUGUGGGUUGUGA